ACGCACACACACACAAACACACGCACACACACACACACACACACACACACACACACAAACACACGCACACACACACACACGGACGCACGCGCACUCCUUGAAUCCCACAGAUCGCGAUGACAGCAGCCUCACACGGAGACAUGGCCGACGUGCCUCAGCUCGUGCGCAUCGGCGUGGCGCUGAAGAUGCUGCCCAACAACACGGCGGUGCACUUCAAGGCCGACGGCGCGCGCUUCGGACAGACGCGCACCAUCAAGCUGCUCACCGGGUCCAAGUACAGCAUCGAGGUGGUCGUGAGACCCGGAGCGGUGGAGGCCACGUCGAUGAGCGUGGGGGGGGUGACCUUCCCCCUGGAGCAGCAGUCUAAAGACCCCCAGUCGGUGGUCUACGGGGGCCAGUACGACACCGAAGGCGUGAUGCACACCAAGAGCGGAGAGAGGCAGCCGGUUCAGAUCAACAUUCAGUUCACCGAGGCGGGGCUGUUUGAGACGGUGUGGCAGGUGAAGUACUAUAACUACAACAAGAGGGACCACUGCCAGUGGGGCAACAGCUUCAACAGCAUCGAGUACGAGUGCAGACCCAACGACACGCGCACGCUCAUGUGGGUCAACAAGGAGACCUUCGUCUGACGGAGGAGACCUUCGUCCGACUGAAGAGACCUUCAUCCGACUGACGGAGGAGACCUUCGUCUGACGGAGGAGGAGACCUUCGUCUGACGGAGGAGAUCUUCGUCCGACUGAAGAGACCCUCGUCCGACGGAGGAGACCUUCGUCCGGGUGAAGAGAGCUUCGUUUAAUGGUGAAGGAAACUAUGACGUCCCAUUGAUAAAAAGUAGGCGGAGCUACGUCGAUUCCACGGCUCAUACAAAUCUAAAUGGUUUUUUCUCAGGUUGAAAAGAAAAAUGCAACAUUUCUCUCUUUUUUGGGGGAUUAAAAUGACAAAUUGGAUUGUAUGUGUAACAUUCUCGUGAACAGUUUAAUAGAUUGGAUGUCGGAUUUUUGUAUUUUGGGUGAAGUUGUGCUGCGAUUUACUUUGUAUGUAUUUUUUGUUCUCUACCUCUUCCUCUAAGGACUUGUGUUAAAUAAUGCAAUACCUACAAUGUUUUGAAAAAAUAGUAUUUUUGUACAGUGAACCAUUUCAAAUGUUUUCAUAUUGUUGUGAGUAGAAAUAAUCUUUGACAUUUAAAUGAGCUAUGCAAGAAACCAGAGCAAAAUGUACUUCUGACACUUUAAUAAAAAAAUGUUUGUUUGUUUAUAAUAUUAUUAUUAGUAAAAUAAAAAAAUAUUUUUGUGUGGCAAAAUGUA